AUGAAGGCCACAAAGGAAGUGCUGGACGAAGAAGAGGAGGCUUUCCUAUCGAGUCACCAUGAGCAACACCCUAUCAACGAACAGCGCAGCACCCGAUGGCGAGCUCGAGAUUACAUCCGACUGUUGGUCGAGCUCGCAAUGGCGUGUACAAUAGCAGUCCUGCUCGUGCGCCAGUCCAACUCCCCUCCAUCCCCAAUCCGCAAAACACCAGUACCGCAACUACCACGGAAACUCUACACCUUCCAGAGCAACCCGCGAUACACACCAGACAACAUGUUCACCAACAAAUCCACCACCCUUCACGCCCUCCAUAACUGGAUCGAGCUCUCAAGUGCUAGUCGUGGCUACGUUCUUGCACCAGAGAACCCGGAUGCCUACGACCUCCCCAAACCCUAUACCAUCGCUGUCGACCGGCACAACGACGGCCAUGGCUAUAUGGUCUCUGCGUUCCACCAACUUCACUGCCUGUCCUAUCUUGCAGUGCAUUUCCAGGAGGGGUACGAUGGCGUGCCAUUAGAUGAAGAGAUUGCGCAUCAUUCCGUGCACUGUUUCAACUACCUAAGGCAGGGGAUCACGUGCAAUGCGGAUACGACGCUGGAGGGGAAAACGGAGGCGGGGCCGGGAGAGGGGAGCGAGCAUGAGUGUGUGGACUAUGAGGCUUUGUUAGAGUGGGCGAAUAAGCAUGCGGGGAUGAGGUGGAGGGAGGGUUUGUUGCCUGAGGAGGCGACGCUGUGA